AUGCCAAAGAAGAAAGAUGAGUCCCCUGAUCAGCGAGACUUCAAGAAAGAAGCGAAGAAAUUUGUAAAAACCUUGAUGGAGGAAUCGGACCCCAAAGCUUUAUCGCUCCAAGAUGUGAGGGAAGCUGUCCAAAAAGAGCUGUUGAAGGGAGAAGAACCCAAACAUGUGGCAAUGUUUGAAGACAACUUGAAGAACAUCGGUUUGGAUUUGACCAAGGGCUUCCAGUACUUCGAUGACACCGUGAGUGGCGUCCUGAAUUCCAUUAGCGUUGACCUCAUCAACUUGGUGGACCAAUUCAUCAUCAAUCCUUUGAUCAGUCUGCUGGAUCUCUUC